CGGCGGUGUCCCCGGAGCGGGGCCGGAGCCCCCCCUCAGGCCGGCGGGCGGCGGAGGAUGCGGAUCGGGCCCCCUCGCUGAUGAGAGGGAGGAUGGGAACCCAGGGCAGCCCGGUGAAGAGCUACGAUUACCUCCUCAAGUUCCUGCUGGUGGGGGACAGCGACGUGGGGAAGGGAGAGAUCCUGGAGAGCCUGCAGGACGGGGCCUCCGAGUCCCCCUACGCCUACAGCAACGGAAUUGACUACAAGACCACUACUAUCUUGUUGGACGGCAGAAGGGUCAAGCUGGAACUCUGGGACACAUCAGGGCAAGGAAGAUUUUGCACCAUUUUCAGAUCCUACUCUAGAGGAGCCCAGGGAAUUCUCUUGGUGUACGACAUCACUAAUCGCUGGUCCUUCGAUGGGAUAGACCGAUGGAUAAAGGAAAUAGAUGAGCAUGCCCCAGGCGUCCCUCGGAUCCUGGUGGGAAACAGGCUUCACCUUGCCUUCAAGCGGCAGGUGCCGACGGAGCAGGCCCGGGCUUACGCGGAGAAGAACUGCAUGACGUUUUUUGAGGUCAGCCCCCUGUGCAACUUCAACGUCAUAGAGUCCUUCACGGAGUUGUCCCGUAUCGUCCUCAUGCGGCACGGCAUGGAGAAGAUCUGGAGACCCAACAGAGUGUUCAGCUUACAGGACCUGUGCUGCCGAGCCAUUGUUUCCUGCACCCCAGUCCACCUCAUCGACAAGCUGCCGUUGCCCGUCACCAUCAAGAGUCACCUGAAAUCCUUCUCGAUGGCCAACGGGAUGAACGCAGUGAUGAUGCACGGCCGGUCGUAUUCCUUGGCCAGCAGCGGGGGUGGGAGCAGCAGCAAAGGUAACAGCUUGAAGAGAUCCAAAUCAAUUCGUCCGCCCCAGAGCCCCCCACAGAACUGCUCACGCAACAACUGCAAGAUCUCUUAGCAGGAUGGACGCGCCGUGAGCUUCUAACGUAUCCACACCCACCCACCGAUGUACAGCUGUUUGCACACUUAACCCUUUUCGACUGGAUCCUUUCGGAUGGGCCGCGGUUGCUUUUCCGAUGGCACGCACAAGCGUUAGGAAUGUGCUCACGUUUUGGCUUCGCAUAGGAAGCGUGGUGCCGGCUGGAUCUCGCAGCGCUGGCGGGGAGAGGACUCUGCCAAGUGACCCUCCAAGAAUGCUUUGGGCUUUGCCUCUCGGCCUGGGGUGGAAAAUUCAGCA